AGCUAUGUCCCACAGGAGGAGGAGGACGUCUCGUUCAGCCUCUGUUCCGAAUGUAAAGCUCCAAUAACCUGGAACCUUUCAGGACACACUUCUGCUGACUGUGAUGCCUUCCUCCAAGAGCUCCGAUCACUGGACUUUAUCAGAGUUACUCGGGCAGAGGAGGCUGUUAGGCCUCGGAGCUCUCCUGGCAUGGCUCGUCCUCUUCCACCUCCUCGUCAACGUUUGGCUGCUCUGCAUCUUCACCAGUCUCUUAGUGGUCCUCGGUGGUUGGCUCGGGUCUCGCGCUGUGCUGGAUGCAAACAGCCUCCUCCACCUGGAGCAUUUCUUGCCUCUUGGCGCCCUAAGCCCACCACUGUGUUCACCCGAACACGAGUGGAGGUUGAACCACGAGAUAGACAACGCCGUCCACAAAGCGGUGCGUGACUUUGUGUCCUCGUGGUAUCGUACUCUGCUGCCAGAGGUGGAGGGGGAGUUUGAGCGAGCAGUGCGUAAUUCAAUGUUGGAGUCAGUGAUGGAGCUGAAGGAGCGUGCAAGGCGAUUGGACAGGAAGGCGCUGGUCCAACGGCUGCUGGAGCUGUACGGCUGUCACCUGCAGAGCUACAUGACGGCACGGCAGAUACAGUCAACGCACAGGGAGGUGUUCAGCCUGUGGCAGCUUUACAGUGAAGUAGAUGCUCCUCACCCAGCUGUGAGAAAUGAAGCCGUUGAGCUCAGGUACUCCAGAGCUCUGGUUAACCUCGUCUUACAUGUGCUUGUUCCGUACCCUCAGAUGGAGACCAGGAGCGGAGGUUAUAUGGUUACAGAACUCAUCACCUACAAUGUUCUGUUGCCGCUCAUUAGCAGAGUGUCGGAUCCUGACUGGCUGAACCAAACCAUUGUAGAAAUAAUCACCAGGUCAAGAGAACCACAGGAUGACCUCCCGACAGCUGCACUUUACAAAUGUCUAAUCCAGCAGGACUCCUGGGCCACCUGCAGGUCACCGUCUUCUUCUGAACAAGCAGGUUUUUCCAGCAUAAGCUCGUCAGAGCUUGAAGAUCAACAGAGCCUCAGUCUGAUCAAUGAUCAGGACUCCUCACAGAGCAGCCUGGUCAGCCAGACAUCUAUGGACAAAUUAGAAAGUUGUCACGUAGGUUUACUCACACCAUGCAAAGUGAGCUGCUGUACUCUCCCCUCUGCUCAUUACUCCCAGUCGUCCGAGUCCAAAAUGAUUUCACUUGAGUCUCUGAUUCAGUCUGACUCAGCAGAGGAUGUGACAGGAGGCUUUUUUGACUGUGGUCCUCCAACAAACUUCUGCAGCUUGAGCCCCUUGAGAGACGACGAGGCCUUUGGUUGCUUUGGACCUCUGAAAAAUCUUGGGACGAAGGUGGUUGUGCCUGAGGACUCCCAGUGGCCUGCAGGUAUAGCCCAAGAGAAAUCUCCGUCUUGUUCUCCGAAAAGACUUCAAUCCUUCAACUUUGAUUCGCCCAACAACCAAGCUGCACCUGUACAGGUCCAGAAUGUACAGAUUUCUGGUACAGUCGCAGCGAAGGAACCGCGUGGCACAAGCGCACAUCCCUAUACUCUCUACACUGUGAAGUUUGAGACAUUGGCUGAAGCAGAAUGCGGUGCGUCUCUGCAGUCUGCGGCCUCUCACACUGUCAACCGCAGAUACAGCGAGUUCCUCAACUUGCAGACACGUUUGGAGGAGAAGCCUGAAGUCAAGAAAUUAAUCAAGAAUGUCAAAGGCCCAAAGAAAAUGUUCCCUGACCUUUCUUUUGGAAAUGCAGACAGCGAGAGGGUCGAGGCCCGUAAAGGCCAACUGGAUACGUUCCUCAGACAACUGAACAACAUUCCUGAGACGGCCAACAGUGAGGACAUGCAGGAGUUCCUGGCUGUCAACACAGAUGUUUGCACAUAUUUUGGAAGGAAACCUUAUGCCAAGUCCAGAAUUGAUAAGAUGAUGGAAAAUGCUUUAGACACGUUGAAGACAGCGUUUCCUUAUCCUGAGUCCCUCAGUCCAACAGAGGAGUUUGAGGGAGACACUGAUGUAAGAACACUGGACCACAGAAAGUCCAGCAGGAGAUCUAUAUUCCAAAGCAAAAUUUCCCCAUCUCUCAACAUUCCUGACCUACACCCGAAAGUGACGUACUGCUUUAGUGAAGGCAGCCCUGUCCUGAAUGGUAUGACGCUGUCGGGCCUGGAGAACUUUGUCACAGAGCAGGAAAGACUGUUAUGUGGGCAGCAUGAGAAAGAGGCCGCCAGACAGAGCAGUGCGCAGCCUGACAAAGACAGGAGGACUUCAGGGAAAAGCCACGGGACAGACACAGCUGUCGCAGAUGUUGUUUUGAACAUCCUGUGUCUGCUGAUGAAGGACCAGUGGAGUUGGCUGUGCACUGAGAACAUUCAGAAGACCAUCAGACUGCUCUUUGGCACCUUCAUUGAGAGAUGGUUGGAUGUAGGAGUUGCCCACCUUACCAGUGCCCCCUGCUGGGUGAUUUACCUGCAAGUAUUGCAGGAAGCUGUGUGGCCAGGGGGCACGUUACCUGCUCAACCCCGGCCUGAGCGCAGUGCUGCAGAAAGAGCAGAGACUAAGGAGCAAUGUCUGGACUGUCUCGUGAAGCUGAUCCCAGAGCUCAUCACUGACAUGCUGGGCAAUGAGAAGUUCACACUGAGCCUGGAGACCAUGCUGGAAUCUUUACAGGACCAUCAGAUAAACAAGCAUCUGAUCUACUGCGUCUGUGACCUUCUGCUGGAGUUUCUGAUCCCUGAGUCGUGUGAUGAGGCCUUCCAGAGGUCUCUGCUGCAGAGCCUGGCCAAAGACACAGAGAAGGACAGUCCUCACUGAUGAUGAGCAAACUAUAACACUCUGAUGCUUCACAGGUGGAGACGGCGGAUGGAAGAUGUAUAUAUAUGGGCUGGAGUUGUGAUAAAUCCAUAAUGGUCUGUAGUUACUUGAUUUUAUCAGUGCCAGCAGUCAAAACACUUGUUCUUCAUGUGCAUGUGAACAUCAUGCGGCUCCACCUGCCUUUAAGGAUUUAGAAAUAAACUUCUCUACCAUUUGACUGUAUCGAAAAACAUAAGAAGGAGGACAUGUAUGUAUGUAUUUCUGAAACUGCAUAUAUUGUUGUUUUCUUUAUGUGCUCUGUUCAACGCAACAUUUGUAUCGCUAUUAACACACAAUAGUUCCUCUCUGACUUCUAAAGCUCCAAAGAUAAAUUAUCGGAUGUUAUUGAAUGUAUUUUAUCUACAUUUUUGUCAAAAUUUUGAGUAUUUAGAUAUCUGGAUUCUGAAUAUACACAAAGUAAGAUCAUCAGUAAACUGUACAAUUGAAAUCUGUCUGAUUCACAUGACAAAAUGUUGCUACUGGGGCAACAUUUUAUUCUUAUUGUGUGUGCGAACAGGACUUUUUACUGUAAACUGUACGUAUUAGCUUUAAAGCGGCACUGGAUAAUCUCCUCUGGUCUGGUUUUACCUGAUAUUCUGUGGGAAACAUCCUUAGAUGAAUCAAUUACAGAGGUCGGACCAUGAAGAGCAAUGUUCCAUGUGUGAGGGGAGUUUAGGAUUUGGCACAUGUACUAUCA